GUACCCAUUUGAAAAAAUGCACAGCGAGGUGCGUAUAAUUGGGCUUUCGUCACCCCCUUUCUCUCCAUCGCCUUUUGGUGUUUCCCUUUCCUGUCUAUCCCGUCUUUCACUCUCGCUCCCGCUUUCAGUCCCGUUGACGCCAUGGAUUCUUGCAACUCUUCCACUGACAGGAGAUCAGAUGCUUCGGAGGUUGGAAAUGCAAGUGACUCCAAAGUUCAUGUGUUCUCGUCGUCAUCCGAGCUGCUUGACAAGCUGCAUGAGAAGUGGAGUUCAGUGAAAAAGCAGCCAUACCCUGCAAUGUAUUCAAGCGUUUUUGGUGGGAUAAUACUUGAUCCAGCUAUGAUGGUCAUACCAAUAGAUGAUCACAUGGUUCAUAGAGGUCAUGGUGUGUUUGAUACAGCGAUCAUUUUGGAUGGAUACCUCUAUGAACUGGAUGUCCAUUUGGAUCGCUUCCUUAGAUCAGCAUCACAGGCAAAAAUCUCCUCUCCUUUCCCUCGGUCAACCCUCCGAAGCAUUCUCAUACAAUUGACUGUGGCGUCACAAUGCAAGAAAGGAACUCUGAGAUACUGGUUAAGUGCUGGCCCUGGGGAUUUUCUGCUCUCACCUGCCAGUUGCCUGACAUCUGCUUUCUAUGCUGUGGUCAUCGACGAGGACUUCUCUCAAUGCAAAGAGGGAGUGAAAGUCAUAACUUCCACGAUCCCCAUGAAGUCACCUCUGUUCGCAACCAUGAAGAAUGUGAACUACCUACCGAAUGUGCUUUCCAAAUUGGAAGCUGAAGAGCAGGGAGCAUUCGCUUCUAUUUGGGUUGAUGACGAGGGUUCUAUUGCGGAAGGACCGAACGUGAAUGUGGCGUUUAUAACGCACGAGAAAGAGCUGAUCUUUCCCGUAUUUGAUAAGAUCCUCAGCGGGUGCACCGCCAAAAGGCUUCUUCAGCUGGCUCCGAAACUGGUCGAACAGGGACUGCUCAAGAGUGUGAAAACUGCCAACCUCACUGUGGAGGAAGGCAAAGGCGCAGCCGAGAUGAUGUAUGUGGGAAGCACCCUUCCUCUGUUGCCGAUAAUCACGUGGGAUGACCAACCAAUUGGAGAUGGGAAGGUGGGAGAAUUAACAAUGGCACUUUCGGAUCUGGUUUGGGAAGAUAUGGUGGCUGGCCCGGAAACACAGAGGUUACUCGUUCCAUACGCGUAGAGAACCUCCAUUCCAUCCGAUCAAGGCUGCAAACUCGAGAUUGUUAAAUCCUCUGAUUAGCCUUCUUGCUGCAAUUUAAGGAGAGCUUUCUGUAUCAUAUUCUCCUUGUUCUUGUGUUAAGUGGCAAAUAAAAGAUUGGAUAGCUCUGCCUCUAAAAA